UUGUCAGUUUUUAUGUCACAUAAAUGUCAUUUUCCAGACAUAUUUCACAUAUUUGUAUGCUUGUGUUUAUUUACAGCAAAUUGCAAUUCUCUUUAAUUAAUUUGGGUUCAUUUCAGGAAUUUCACGAGAACUGCAACUAUGCCUACAUAUUACGAAUGGACAUCAAGAAAGAAAUCCAAUCGGAUUAAACAUGUUUCUCCUAGUUUUGAAGUGACAAGUUAUCCUCUUAAAUCCAAUGUUAUUACAAUUAAAGAACCAGUUAGUUCCAGCAUUAUCGAACACAUAAAUAAAUGGAGUUCUAAUUUUGAAGAGGUGGAUCCACUAUUGAGAUUUGAACAAAUGAAUCUGGAGGAUGAUAUCAACCCAGUUGAGGCAGAAACCAUUGAAGGUGUGAAUUAUUCUAAGGCAUGGAGUACAAGACGCUCUGGUAUCCUUAGUAAAUACACAACGGGUGAAAAACUUACCAUUGUUAGCAGCUAUCUUCCUGGCGGAGAAAAAACUCUUAUUAGACAGGUUUCAAAUUUAAAUGAAAAGGUUAAGCACAGACUGGAGCAGUUAGAUGAUUUUGAUGAGGGUUCUGUAAGGAAAACAAUGGGAUUAAGUCAACAAGAAUUUGUCACAAAAAUUAAUAUGCUCAAUGAUGAAAUUAAGAAGGCUUGGGACUCUGAACAGAGGGUCAAGGCAUUCAAGAUAGGCAUCCAGUGCUCAAAGCUUCUGUCCGACAUUAGUGUAAUGCAGUUUUAUCCCAGCAAGUUUAUACUGAUCACUGAUACACUGGACACAUUUGGCAAUUUAGUGUUCAACCGUCUCAAAGAGAAAAGUUUUGGAAACAACAGUCUUGUGAAUGUUCACAACAUAGAUCCAAGGGCAGUUCCAGAGGCUGCUAAAGAGACAUGCCAGAACUGGAUGUACAAAAUGGCUUCUAUCAGAGAAUUACUCCCUCGCCUCUAUAUGGAGAUGACAUUACUGAAAUGUUAUGUCUUUAUAUCCAAAGAUGAAAUAAAGCCAGCCAUAGCAAGGAUUACCACUAUGAUAAGAGGAAUAGGAAAUCCUUUAGUGGCUGUUUACUUGAGGGUUUAUUUGUGUCACAUUGCUACUAAACUAUUGGGUAAAGAGAGUGAGGGAUAUUUUUAUAACAAUCUAAAUGAAUUUUUGGAGGAAUAUCAGCAGAUUUUCUUAACAUCAAUGAGGAAAAAGUAUGAAUCACAGUUGCUCACACAAGACAAGUAUCUGAACCUUUAUGUACCAGCCCUGGAUUGGUUGUUGUUUGGGACACUAAAUUCUAAUAAAUGUAAAAGUGAUCUAUUGGAUGAGUUCCUACAAAAAUGCGAACAAAUUGAAAACAAUGAAUUAUUUCUAAGCUGCGUUGUCUCAGCCUUUGACUCUCCGACUAUUAUUAAAAAGGCUCCGAAAAUUCUAGAGAUGGUUCACAAUUACGCUGAUAAAAUGGUAAUGAUGAAUGAGGUUCUGGCCUCACUCGGCGAACAUUUGUGCAAAGCUGAUACUCACCGGCAGUUGGCGUCCGAGUCGUUAAUUCAGACGUGGUGGAAGAUAGCGAGCAAUAUGAAAUGCACCAACCAUUUCCUGCAAGUUUUGGAACCGUGGCUGCAGUUCGCUUGCACACAUUUAUCGACUCAACACGUGAAUGUAAUAUUGCGAGGCACGAUCCGCUACAUGAUCAAGUGCGGCAAGCCAGCUGACGAGUAUUCUGGAAACUUCCAAUUCGUUAUCAAAAGGAUGCUCAAAUUUAUUCCUGACGUCGAGGAGUUGUUCUUAAUGGACGCGUUCAUGCCGCUGGUGGAGUUGGUGCAGACAUCGAGCGCGCGCACCCUGAUGGCCAAGACAGUGCUGUCCAUAUUCUUCUCCAGAUACACCUCCGUGCACAUCGAGGACCAUAUUGUCAUAUCCAGUCUGAUGCGGCUCUGCUGCAUUUUGCACGAUUCUAUCAAUGCAGUAACAGUAGAAGACGAGAGUAAAAUCUGCGGCGAACUGAUCAACAAGUUCAUACAAGCGGUCACGUACCAGGAUGACCUGGAGAGACAGCUGAACUUCUACGUCGAAUGCCGGUCCUCCUUCAUCAAGCUCGACGCCGUGCUCAUUACUUUAGUACAUGCUGUGAACGCACUAUCUGCGAACGCGAGCCCUUCUCGCAGCAAGUGGCUGCAGCGCGCAUGCGCCGCAUACUGCUUCGUGACCGUGCCCUCGCUGCACUGCACGCUCACCAAGACGCAGCUGUACCUACUGUCGGGACAGGUUGCUCUGCUCAACAACUGUAUUGGACAAGCUGAAGCCAACUUCAAAGCGUUGAUUGGCCUGAUACCCGACAUACCGGAUUACAUAUUGGAAGAUGGACAGAAGAAGCCCACGCACGUCAAAGUUGCUGGCAUUCUCAGCGAUUUCUUGUCAACGCUAUUACUUUUACCUGACAACGUGGACAGCAACUGUAAGGCGUACAUCUUGAGCGGAUUCAUCAAAACGAUGGAGAGGAUUCACUGGAAGAAAACCGAUCCAUUGUAUUACAACACGCUGCUCCGAAUACUAGACCUGUUAUGCGAAAUGACUCAGGACAAUUACAUUCACCAUUUAGAAUCAGUUCUUUCCAAUGACCAACUGUAUGGGUGCGAUUCAGAAUUCAUAGACGUAUUGGACAAAUACGCGACGAACAUUUGUCAAGAGUUACUGGUCGUGCUGAAGCUGUUAGGCGACAACAAGGAGUCUAAGAAGCAGUACAACUUGGCGCUGGAACUGUUUUGGCGCGUUGUGCGGCGCGGGGAGCUGACCGAGCGACCCAUGCUCAACCUUGCGGCUAAUCUGUGGAUGUUGGCGCAGAAAACUCAAGAUUCCAAUAACAAACUUGGUAAAUCAAUUUUAACGGCGUUGCAACAAGAAACCAACCCAACUGUACGAGUCUUACUACAAAAGCUGGAAGAAGGUUUGAAAGUUGUGUGAAAUGAUCGAGAUCUGUUAAAGUACUGUAACGUGUUAACUUAGUGUUAGGAAUAUCUAAGUUCUCGUCACUAGACCUUGCGGCUUUUGUUGUAGUCGAACUAGUUAAAGAGAAAAUGGUGCCCCGACUACAUGCAAAUUUCGUAAGAUUUGCACUUAAUAUCUAUUUUUCUGUUAAUCUGGCGCCAUAGAGAUAUCGGCCGGUAUUGUAAUAGAAGUUUUGAAAUUACUUUAAUUACCGAUAAUGUCAUAACAAUUAGAAAAUGUCAUAGACCAAUGAUUUGUGUUACUUGUCGUUGUUUGUUGUUUUCGUGAUAAUUAGCAAUUAUUUCUAUCAUUCCAUUAUUGUAUAUUCCAAUAACUUUAAAUUAUAUGUUUUAAUUUUAUAUUUAAGUAUACUAUAACUAGAUGUAUUAUGUAUGGGACUGCCAAUAAA